UCAGUAAAUGCCAUAUUCAACUAGGGACCAUUGAACGAUUGUGCUAUAAGUGUGCAUUGGUUGUACGAUUUUGCACCGCUAUGUUUCAGGGCUGUCUCGUGUAUGUUAAUAGAGCCACGCACGAGGACUUGGACGAGGUGGAAGCACUCAACGUCAGCGUCACAGGAUGCUUAUGCCUCGCCAGACAUGGAGGGACCACGUUGGCCUCUAAAGCGUACACGUGCGCUCGCAAAGGAGCCGUGGGCCUCCUCGUUUUCCCCGAUUCCGGACCGCCUGAUGCGACAGGCUCCACAUCGACCCAUCUGUUCCCAUCGGGUCCCGAGAUGCCAGAAACCGUGCUUCGCAGGGACAGUAUGAUGAAAGUUGGCGACCCUCUCACUCCAGGCGUUCCUGCGAUACCGUCAGCCGAGAGAAUGGAUCCUGCUUUCGCUGGCUUACCACCCAUACCCAGCCAACCGAUCAGCUAUCUUGACGCCCAACUACUGCUAAGAUCACUCGAUGGUCCCAAAGCUCCAGAACGGUUCCGGUUAACAGGAAACGUUACCUACAGGCUGGGAGACGCAUCUGCUGACAGGUUGGUGCGGCUGCGAGUCAACAAUAUCUUCACGCUCGCGCAGAUAAAUAACGUCAUCGCAACACUGCAUGGCUCAGUCGAACCAGACCGGUACGUAGUGGUGGGCGCCCAGCGAGAUUCAUUUGGCUUUGGAGCACUGCAACCGGCACCCAACACGGCGUCGUUGCUCGCCCUAGGACAAGCGCUGGGGAGCCUGAAGAAACGGGGUGUGAGGCCCCGGCGUAGUGUGCUGCUGUGCAGCUGGGCGGCCGGCGAGUACGGGCAAGUGGGCUCCACAGAGUGGGUCGAGCAACACCUCUUCGAGCUUCACUCACGUGCAGUCGCCUAUAUAGAUAUCAGCGAGUGUGCAUCCGGUGGGCGGUUGGUUCCGAAGGCGUGCCCCUCAUUGGAGAAUCUUGCUGUAGAAGCAACAAAACGGGUGCGCGACCCUGCGGACGCCAACAGGACCAUGUACGACGUGUGGCAAGAACAAUGGAGCAAGAGUCUCAGGAACAAGGCCAGUUUAUCUGUUCGGCCAGCAGUAAUGGACGCCACAUCAGACAACGCACCUUUCAGCCUUUACGCUGGUGUACCUUCGACAAGUUUUCUUCUGAAGCCUGAGAAGAGCAAGGACAGCGGCGAAGUGUCGUAUCCUGCUCACCACACGGCUUACGACACUCUCCGCCUCUACAACAAUUGGACCGAUUCUCGCCUAGCGCCUUUGUGCGCCCGGCUUCAUGGUGCAGCGCUCUGGCUCGCUGCGGACGCACCUCUCAUACCAGUCAAUUUCUCAGCGUUUGCACUGCGUUUGGAAGAGUCCCUGGAAGAGCUUCGAAAGUCGCCCUCGGCGCUGGAGCUGGAGCUGAAUGGCGUGUCUCUUGAUGCUUUGCGCUUGGCGAUCGAGCACUUCCGGAGGGCCGCUGACCAGUGGACCGCGCAUCUGACCCAGCUUAACGAAACGAGGACCAGUGAACUCCGCGCCAUCAACGAUCAAAUGUCGUUGGCGGAGCACACAAUGUUGAAGCCAACGGGUCUGCCCGGCCGUCCUCUUACUCGGCACGUCCUUUGGGCACCGUCGGAGUUUGAUCCGCGUCGUGUCACCGGAUUUCCGGUGUUUGCCGACCUCCUGUUCUACAUCUCCCAGUUGCCUGCGGAAACGCGCAACCACGGGUGGAAGAACGUGCGCUUCUACCUGGCAGACGUGCUCGUGGCUCUCAGGGAAUCCGCUGCGGUUCUUCGAGUGCCGUCGCUGUGACACGGCUCUUCACCGUCUUUCCCUCUCCACGGAAAAAAAAAACGGAAACAGUCGUUUCUGUGCCAAUAAA